CGAGUACAACAGUUUAUUCAUACAUGUGUACAUAGACAUCUGGAGGUUCAUUAUUCCACUCAACUCAUUCUACAACAGAAAAAAGUAUAUCAAAACACAAAUAUGUAUUUAGUACCAAAACGGAGGUCUACUGCAUGAACCCCCUCCCCCUCCAAUGGAUAUUGCUAAUCGUAAAUGUUAGCAAAACUACCCAACAUAAACUAGGUCAAAGCAAACUUUAAAACUAUAUAUUUACUCAAGCGAUAACACGUAGAUAGUGUAUACAGGCUGACACGCCGCACAAGUAUUUAAUUCUCAGGACUAGACGGAAGGUCGAAAGAACAGGGAGGCCAUGUUGGAUUUUAAGUAAACUUCUCGUGUGAUCCCGCCAUCAGAAAUGCAUCCCCGGCGCAGUGCUCAGGAAGUCCUACUGUGUGACCUCUGUGAAACUGUCCCCCUACAGAGUCACUGUGAACUUUGUAAUAUAAAUCUCUGUGUUAACUGUGCAGUAAAGCAUCUCUCAGACUCGUCUAAAAGACACAAUGUCGUGCCGUUUUUACACAGAAAGUAUACUCCUAACUACCCAAAAUGUCCAGACCACGCCGAUAAACACUGUGAAAUUUACUGUGAAAAAUGUGGCGUUCCUGUCUGUUCUACCUGCGCCUUAUUUGGAAAACAUAAAGGUCACGAUGUAUCAGAUAUUCUGGAAAAGUUCAGCGCUAAAACAGAAAGUUUACAAAAAGAUCUAGAAGAACUCGAGACAAGAAUUUACCCGCGAUAUAAAGAAAUGGCGUCUAAUGUCGAAACCGAGAAAGCCAAGUUAGAAACAAAAUACGGGAAACUGACGACAGAUGCCGAUGAACAAGGAGAAAUCCUACACCGGGAGAUUACCGCCAUUGUCAACCGACAGAAAUCCGCCAUUGCGGAGAUGAAAACUAAACAUCUGGACGCACUAAAUAAAAAUACAGAAGAAAUCACACAGAAAAUGGCGGAACUCAAACAGAUCAUGUCCGACUUGAAAUCAAUCCUAAAAUCCAAUGACGUCUCCUUAACCUCUACUUACAAAUCUAGGAAUUCCCAAUUUAGAACAUUACCGCCUAAAGUCCGAGUUACAUUACCGAGUUUCUCUCCUCAGAAAAUAAACAAAGAUCAGCUCAAUGAAAUGUUUGGUUCUCUGUCGCCAUUAUCCAUUAACACAGAACAUGGCGACACAAUGAAGUCAGCAGAAGCUGUAUCGUCUCCUCCAGUCAAACCACUGCUUGAUGAGCCGCGCGUCACCGCCACCAUAGACACUGGGUAUAGCAGACUAUACAGUGUUAGCUGUCUGAGUGAAGAUCAAGUCUGGACAGGCGGGAAUAACGACACCAUGAAGCUGCUCAACCUCCAGAGUAAAUUACUGACAUCAAUACAAAACAAGUCAGGGAGAAUACCAACAGACAUAGCAGUGACACGGGACGGAGAUCUUGUUUAUACUGACUAUAAAACUAAAACUAUAAACUUAAUUAAGAAUAAACAGAUACAGACCGUGAUCACACUACAGGGGUGGAGACCUCGCUAUGUCUGCUGUACCGCGGGUAACGAUCUCCUGGUUACCAUGAUCAGUGAUGAUAGAAAACAAUCCAAAGUCGUGCGUUACUCCGGCUCCACAGAGAAACAAAGCAUUCAGUUUGAUGAUCAGGGUCGUCCUCUCUACUCAUCUGAUACAUUCCCUAAAUACCUCAGUGAGAACAAGAACCUGGAUAUCUGUGUGGCUGACUGUAGAGCUAGUGCAGUAGUGGUGGUCAAUCAGUCAGGAAAACUCCGAUUUAGAUACACUGGUCAUCCCUCUAAUACCAAGCAAUCAUUUAUUCCAUUCGGCAUCACUACAGACAGCCAGAGUCACAUCCUGACAGCAGACUAUAACAAUCACCGUAUCCACAUCCUAGAUCAGGACGGACAGUUCCUCCGUUACAUUCACUGUGAUUUAGAAGAUCCAUUAGGUUUAUGUGUGGACAUCAGAGACAACCUCUUUGUGGCUGAGAAUCUCACUGCUAAAGUGAAGAAAAUCCAAUAUCUAUAAUCACAGUGUUAAUUACACAGCUCUACAGUGUUAAUUACAUCUACCAACACAGUGUUAAUUACAUGUCUAAUCACAGAGUAACUUACAGCACUGUGUUAAUUCCUUCUACUUCUUAAUUACAUCAGCUUGUUAAUUACAGCCCUGUGUACAUUACAGCCCUGUGUUAAUUACAGCCCUGUGUACAUUACAGUCCUCUGUUUGUGAUGUGUAACAUGUACUUGUGUUUGUGAGUUUAACAUUAUUUUGUUUGUGAAUUAAUUCAAUAUGUGUUUGAUUUUACAAUGUAUAUAUUAGAUAAACAUGAUACAGAG